CACGAAGCUGUGUCCACAAUGAAGUUCGCAUAUAGGUUUUCCAAUUUGUUGGGGACGGUGUAUCGACAUGGAAAUCUGAGUUUCUCAAAGGAUGGCAACUCUGUGAUCAGCCCAGUGGGUAACCGCAUCUCUGUCUUCGACCUGAAAAACAAUAAGUCCGAGACGCUGCCAGUGUCCACCACCAAGAACAUCACCAGCGUGGGUCUCUCUCCCGAUGGAAACUUGGCCAUACUGGUAGAUGAAGAUGGUGCAGCGGUGUUGGUCAGUGUGGUCACUCGGGCGGUGCUGCAUCACUACCAUUUCCACAAGCCCGUCCACAGUGUCCGCUUUUCUCCUGAUGGCAGGAAAUUUGUGGUGACGAAGGAGAACGUGGCUCUAAUGUACCACGCCCCUGGGAGGAAGAGGGAGUUCAACGCCUUCGCUUUGGACAAAAGCUACUACGGUCCAUACGAUGAGACGACCUGCAUCGACUGGACUGAUGACUCCAAGUGCUUCGUGGUUGGCAGUAAAGACAUGACCACCUGGGUAUUUGGGGCGGAACGCUGGGUCAAUCUUGUAUACUACUGCCUGGGGGGACACAAGGACGUCAUUGUCGGCUGCUUCUUUGAGCAGGACAGUCUGGAUCUGUACACAGUGAGUCGGGACGGCACCCUGUGCGUCUGGGAGUGUGACACCGAGCUGGACGGUCUGGUGCCGCGAGGGCCCAAGGAGCAGAGCAAGGCCCAGGAGAGGGGGCCACAGACAGAGGAUGGAGAGGAGGAGGAGGAGGAGAGAGGAGCAGGGGAAGAAGGAGAGCCUCAGGGCGAGGUCAUCCGGGGGAAGCCGGACGAGAACAAGCAGCAGGAGGGCACCAAGAUCGUCCGAUACAGGCGGCGGGGCAAGCACUUCUUCAACAAGGAGGGGGACUUCAAUAACCUUACGGCUGCAGCGUUCCACAAGAAGACGCACCUGCUGGUGACAGGCUUCGCCUCUGGAAUAUUCCACCUGCAUGACCUCCCUGAGUUCAACCUCAUCCACUCCCUCAGCAUUUCUGACCAGAGGAUCGCUUCCAUUUCCAUUAAUGGCACGGGGGAUUGGAUAGGCUUCGGGUGUUCAGGUCUGGGCCAGCUGCUGGUGUGGGAGUGGCAGAGUGAAUCCUACGUAUUCAAACAGCAGGGCCACUUCAACAAUAUGGCCACCCUGUCCUACUCCCCAGAUGGGCAGUACGUCGCCACAGGAGGGGAUGAUGGGAAGGUGAAGGUGUGGAACACAAACAGUGGCCUCUGCUUCGUCACAUUCUCAGAGCACACCAGCUGCAUCACGGGUGUCGCCUUCACCUCUAGCGGCUUCGUCAUUGUGAGCGCCUCCCUCGAUGGCACUGUGAGAGCCUUCGACCUGCACAGGUACCGUAACUUCCGCACCUUCACGUCCCCGCGUCCGGCUCAGUUCUCCUGCCUGGCAGUGGACUGCAGCGGGGAGCUCGUCAGCGCGGGGGCCCGGGACUCCUUCGAGAUCUUCCUUUGGUCCAUGCAGACUGGCCGUCUGCUGGAGGUCCUGGCGGGUCACGAAGGCCCGGUGAGCUGCCUGAGCUUCAGCCCGGUCCAGUCGGUUCUGGCCAGCGCUUCCUGGGACCGGACCGUCAAGCUGUGGGACAUGCUGGACAGCUGGCAGACCAAGGAGACGCUGCGCCUCGCCUCCGACGGCCUGGCGGUGACAUAUCGGCCUGAUGGCCAGGAGCUGGCGGUGGCCACGCUGGAUGGGGAGAUCUCCUUCUGGAACCCUCAGACAGCCGCUCAGACAGGCUCCAUCGUCGGACGGCACGAUCUACAGAUGGGCCGCAAGGAGACGGACAAGAUCACCGCCAAGCAGGCCGCCAAGGGAAAGUCCUUCACCUCACUGUGCUACUCUGCGGACGGACAGUGCAUCCUGGCUGGCGGUCAGUCCAAGUUCGUCUGCAUCUACAAUGUCAGCGAGCAGAUCCUCAUGAAGAAGUUUGAGAUCUCCUGCAACCUGUCGCUGGAUGCUAUGGAGGAGUACCUGGACCGGAGGAAGAUGACGGAGUUCGGCAGUCUGGCCCUGUUGGACGAGGGGGUGGGGGAUGGGGACACUGUGGCGCUCAGUUUGCCGGGGGUCAAGAAAGGGGACAUGAGCUCACGCCACUUCAAGCCUGAGAUUCGGGUCAGCUCCCUGUCCUUCUCCCCCACUGGGCGCAGUUGGGCCGCCACCUCCACGGAGGGCCUGCUGGUCUACUCUCUGGAUGGGGCGUUGGUGUUCGACCCCUUCGAUCUGGACCUGGACGUGACUCCCUCCAGCGUCCGGCGCCAGCUGAGACAGGCGGAGUGGGCGGCGGCCAUUGUGCUGGCCUUCCGCCUCAACGAGAACGCCCUCACCAAGGAGGUGCUGGAAACUGUGCCACAUGAUCAGAUCUCAGUGGUGUGUGGGUCCCUGCCCGACGUUUAUGUGGAGAAGCUGCUGCGCUUUGUGGCCUCAACACUGGAGAGUUCCGGGCACCUGCAGUUCUACCUCACCUGGGCCCAGUGUCUGCUCACUCUGCAUGGACAGAAGCUCAAGAGCAGGUCAGGAGCAAUACUGCCCAUCAUUCAGUCACUGCAGAAGAGCAUUCAAAGGCACUUUGAAGAUCUCUCUAAACUCUGUGACUGGAACAUCUACACAAUCCGCUACGCCGCGGCCCUGUCGAAGCAGAGAGGGUUGAAGAGGACAGCUGCUGACUCUCUCAGCGAAGAGGGAGAGGGGUCAGAGGGGUCGGACAUGGAGAGUGAGGCAUCUGUGGAGGAGACCGACAUGCUCACAUAGGAAAGCCGAUGACCAGUAGUGACCAGAAACAUGGACAGCUGACUGCAGACACACUCACAUUGCUUUGUGGGAUAAACAGUUACUAGCUGAGCCAAGGAAGAACUGGUCUAAGGGGCUGGUUAUCUCUGUGGACCAGUAUGGACCUCCUGAAGCCCCCAUCUAUAACUUAUCAUAUGUUCAGCAGUGAAGAAAUGUUUUUCUCUUCCAACACAGGU